AUGGAGAAGAGCAAAGAUAUAUUACAAAAAAGUCUGCAGAACAUCGCCAAUGAACAAAAUUACGAUAAUUGUCAAAUAACCAUAAAAGAUAUUGCGAGUGAUGGAGAUAAUUAUACUAGCUACUUGUAUAAGGUUACUCUGCAAUCACCAGGAAAGAAAGAUUUAAAAUUGUUCGCAAAAGUAGCUGCACUUGGACAAAACAUAAGAAUUCUCACACCUUUCUUUAAAAAGGAACACUUUUUUUACAAUACUCUGCUUAGAAAAUAUAAAGAAUUAGAAGAUAAAAACAACGUUCCCAUUGCACACAGACUUAUCACGCCUUAUUUUUACGGUGGAUCGGAGGAACUUUUAAAAGAAACACUUAUCCUUGAAGAUUUAACAGCCAAGGGCUUCACACAAUACGAUAGAUUAAAGUCAAUAAAUUGGGAUUACGCUUCAAAAAGUUUGGAAAAUCUUGCAAAAUUCCACGCGCUGUCUAUUGCUUUAUCUGAAGAUGAUCCUGAGUAUUUUCAGAAUAUAGAUAUUUUAAAACUGAAAACUGAAUAUUCAACAGUAGCAGAUAUGAUAAAAUCAGCAAUAAAUACCACACUUCCAGUAAUCAGGGAAGAGAAUCGCGCCAUAUUAAAAAAAUAUUUGGAAUCAGAAACACAAAAGAUGGAGAAAAAUCCUUACGAUCGAAUUUGUCGUCGUCCCGUUAUCAUCCAUGGAGAUCACAAACCAAGCAAUAUAAUGUACAGAAUCGUUGAUGGAGAACUGGAAGUUAUCACCUUGGACUUUCAAUUGAUUAGCAUCGGAAACCCCAUAGUUGAUAUAUUGUAUGUCAUCUACUUGGGUUCAGAUAAAAAAUUCCGAGACCAAUACUUUAAGCCAUGCUUGAAACAUUAUUACGAGGAAUUGUGUAAAGCUCUCAAGAGAUUGGGAGUUGACCCUGAAAAGGUGUAUUCCAAAGAGGAUUUUGAUUUUGAAGUAAAAGAGAUUUUACCCUUGGGACUUAUACAAAGUAUUUGCGCUCUGCCGAUGGUAACACUGGACAAGAAUGAGGCCUUAGCAUUGAGAGAAGACUCCACUUUGGAUGACUUAAUAGUUAAACCCAAUGCUCUCUAUAUUGAAAGGAUUAACGACGUCGUUGAUGAAUUUAUUGAGAUGGGGAUCAUUAGAAAAUAA